AUGUCGGUAGAUCGUAGAUGGAUGUAUGAGCGACUAGAUCAAAAUGGCUUUCUUAAUUCUGAAUUUGAGAUUGGAGUGGAGACAUUUCUAAACUUUGCCUAUGCACAAUGGAUUGCGCAUGGUGAAUAUGAACAACUUGAGGAACAGUCUACUGAUUAUCUUGCUACAACCAACAAUGUCAAUGAUUAUAGAAGCAUGGUCAUAGAAGCAAUGGAUAUAAAUUAUGGUACAGUUGGAGUUGUUAGUUCUGAAAUGGGCAAUCAAACCAUGGAGCCGAACUUAGAAGUUUCAAAAUUCUAUGAAUUAUUACAUGGUGCGGAUGUGCCAUUAUGGGAGGGCUGCAAUAAUCAUACCAAGUUAUCUGCUAUAUCUCAAUUACUGUACUUAAUGUCAGAAUUUCACAUUAGUCAUAGUUGUUUUAAUAAGUUUAUGGAAACAGUAAAAAGUAUGCUACCAGAAGGAAAUCUCUUACCAGAUAAUUUUUAUAAUACAAAGAAGAUGAUGUCCACUCUAGACCUUGGUUAUACAAAAAUCGAUGUUUGUGUAAACAAUUGUAUGUUGUACUUUCAAGAAAACAUCGACAGAACAUCAUGUACAAUAUGUGGUCACUUUCGAUAUAAACCAAUACAAUCAUUUAUGGGGCGACAAAAAAAGAGACCAUUUAAUGUGUUGCGAUAUCUACCUUUGAUUCCUAGACUCCAAAGACUUUUUAUGUCAUCCAAAACUGCUUUGCAUAUGGUUUGGCAUGCUUCUAACCAACAUGUAGAUGGUAGUAUGGUGCAUCCUGUUGAUAGUGAGGCAUGGAAAUAUUUUGAUUGCACCCACUCUUGGUUUGUAUCUGAUCCAAGAAAUGUUCGGCUUGGAUUAUGUACUGAUGGAUUCAAUCCUUUUGGGCAACGAUCUAAUCCGUAUUCUUGUUGGCCUGUAAUUGUUAUAGUUUACAAUUUACCUCCAUGGAUGGCAAUGAAAAAACCUUACAUGUUUCUGAAUAUGGUAAUUCCAGGUCCUAAAAGCCCUGAAAAAAGUUUGGAUAUUUUUUUGAGGCCUUUGAUUGAUGAGCUGAAAUUGUUGUGGCAUGAAGGAGUUUGGACUCAUGAUGCUAAUUCUAACCAAAACUUUCAAAUGAAAGCAGCAUUGUUAUGGAUAAUAAGUGAUUUUCCAAUAUAUGCUGCUGGCAAGCAAACAAUACUGGGGUUUGGAGUACAGCAUAACUGGGUAAAAAAGAGUAUAUUUUGGGAGCUUCCAUAUUGGCAAUCAAAUUUACUUCGAUAUAAUUUGGAUGUUAUGCAUAUAGAAAAGAAUGUGUUUGAUAACAUAUUCUACACAGUUAUGGAUGUGAAUGGCAAAUCAAAGGACAAUAUCAAGACAAUACAAGAUUUGAAAGUCUAUUGCAAUCGUCCCGAGUUAGAAUUGUUGUAUAAUAAUGGUAAAGUUUACAAACCUAAAGCCAUUUAUUCUUUGAAUAAAGAACAGAAACGGUCAAUUUGUCAGUGGCUUAAGGAUUUGAGAUUGCCUGAAGGUUAUACUUCAAACAUUGCUCAGUCUGUUAGUAGACAUAACUGCAACCACACUCACAGAAGAAAAUUUGAAUAUCUUAGAAAAAAUAUUGUUGAGAGUAUUUACAAGAUGGAGAAGAUAUUCACACCCGGUUUCUUUGACUCAAUGGAGCAUUUACCUAUUCACUUGGCAUACGAGGCAAAAGUAGGUGGAUCUGUGCAAUAUCGUUGGAUGUAUCCCUUUGAACGAUACCUCUUUGACUUUAAGAAAAAAGUCAAAAAUAAAGCUUCUGUUGAGGGUUCAAUUGUUGAGACAUAUAUUAUUGAGGAAAUUUCAUCUUUUUGCUCACACUACUUUGAGCCAUCUAUCUCGACAAGGCUAAAUAGAGUUCCAAUAAAUGAUGAUGGUGGACAUGUAGAACCUAUGGGACGCCUUUCGAUUUUCACUCAUGCAGGUCGGCCUUUUGGGCAUUUGGAUCAUGGCAGAAUGUUGUCAAAUGAAGAGUAUCGCGCAGCACAUUUAUAUGUGUUGUUGAAUUGUCCUGAAAUUGAUCCGUUUAUUGACGAUCAACAAAUUGAGCGAAUGCGAGAGCAAGAACUGGCUAAUUGGUUAAAAGACUAUGUGGGAAGGAAAGAAGUUGAUAAUUGCAUUUAUCAAAUAGCUCAAGGGCCCAGCCGAAAAGUAUUAGAAUUAGAGUACUUUGAAGAGGGAAACAAGAUAAUCAUUUUCAAGUGUGAAUGGUUUGACACUAAUAGAGGGGUAAGAGUCCAUCCUCAACAUGGUCUUGUGAAAAUCAAUGUCAAAUUAAGGCUAGCAUCAUCUGAUCCAUUUAUUUUAGCUCAACAAGCUCAUCAAGUUUGCUAUAUUAAAUACCUUAAAAUCUAUAAAGUGAGAGUUGACUGGUGUGCGGUUUUCAAAACUAAAGCUAGGAGCACUUACAAUAUUGGACCUUCCAUGGUUAACAUCAAUUCAAAUGAGCAAAACUAUAGUGAUGUUGCUUAUCAGGAUGAUGAUGUCUCAAGACCUCAAGAAAUUGUACCAACAACCGAACUUGAUGAUCUCACAAUGUUACUUGAUUCAAGUAUUAUAGUUGAGGUAGAUGUUAAUGAAUUGCAAAAUGUGCAACAACCACUUGGAGUGGUGGAAGAGGAAGAGAAAGAGGAUGAGGAUGAGGAUGAGAAAGAGGAAGAGGAUACUGAAGAGUCAAAUGACGAUUUAGAAGUUGAUGGUGUUGAUAGUGAUGAUGAUGUCAACUUAGAAGAUGAUUCUGAAUGA